UCUCCAAUAAAUUCUAAAAAAAUUGCCAUAUUUUUCUUGCUGUAGCCCAUUGAUCAUUUUCUAAAAUCCCAAGACACAUGAACCUUACUCUAGGCUAUCUUCAUACCCUUUUGUUUUGUCCAAUAUUUUUCCCGUUCUCUCUGCAACUCUGUAGAUUAGAUUGGUUCGGCUUCUAAAAAGCAAAGAUAAUCAACAAAAACAAAAUACCCACCAACAAAAAUAUGAGGAUGGUCAAUUUUAACAAAUUGGACCCAGGUGUUGGUCAUGUAACACAGGAUAGCGUUGAAGAGUCUGGUGAUGAUAAGGAUAGACUAAGAUGCUUGUUUGAUCUGGUUCUUUCUGGUUAUCUAAAAGAGGUUGCUAGUAAGGGUUUUGUUAGGCCUAUGCCAGCAAUGAUUGGAAAUGAUGGGCAAUCACCAGAUUUGCUCAAGCUUUUCCUUGUAGUUAGGGAGAUCGGAGGGUACGAGUUCGUGUCAGAAAAAGGGUUAUGGGCUUUUGUGGCGCAAGAAUUAGGGUUGGAUCUUGACGUUUCAGCUUCGGUUAAAUUGAUAUAUGCCAAGUAUUUGCAUGAGCUGGAAAAAUGGUUGAGUCAGAGUGGUCGAAAUUUUGGGUUCUUGUCAAUGGAGCAAGAGAAGGAGUUUAGAGGUUUGUUUACAAAUGGGGUUGAUCGAAAAGUAGUAGUAAACCGAGUGGCUCUAUUGGAACGUAUAAAAAAUGACAAGUUCGUUGAUAAGGAUACCAAGAAUGAUGUCGAGAAAGUGUUUGGUGAUGAUGACGAAAAAGUUUAUGGAAAUGAUCUUGCGGGGCUUGGUCCACCUGUUGCUAGGAAAGAAUUUAGUACUCGUAAGAGAAAAAGGGAAUCUUUAUCAGGAAUGCUGAAAUGGGUAAUCCAGGUUGCAAAAUGUCACGACGAUCCUUCAGUUGCUGCAAUAUUGGAGCCAUCUAAGUGGAAAGAACAUCGAGGCAAUGAAUUCUGGAUACAAGCCAUCAGGGCACGCGAAGCUUUAAGGCAGAAAAGGGAUGAUCAUUCAGCCACUGAACAGUCUCUCUUGCAGAAUAAUCAAAAGAUGCAUCCAUCCAUGUAUGAGGAUGACUUUCUUAGUCACCAUUUUACAGAGAGGUUAAGAUGCAGUGAGACACUUCAUACGCCAAAAUCUUGUUCAUGCUCUUGUUACAGUUCUGGUUCAGCCUUGCAGAACAACUUGAUUUGUCUCCACAAGACAGAGUCUGAAUAUGGCCCUAAAGAGCAAUCCCCUGUAACUAUUGACUUAUCAUCUUUAGAUAUGACUGCAGAGCUGUCUGGGGAUGAUUCUUUUAGAAGACAAGUGUCUGUGGGUCCCCUCUUUCAAGCUGAACUACCAGAAUGGACCGGUAUGGUUUCUGAUACUGAUUCUAAGUGGCUAGGCACACAGGAAUGGCCCUUAAAAGGUGGAGAACAUGAUUCCUUAGCUGUAACAGAUCCAAUUGGUAGGGGAAGACCCGAUUCAUGUGGCUGUAGGAUACCAGUCUCUGUUGAAUGUAUUAGACUUCAUAUUGCUGAGAAGAGGAUGAAAUUAAAGCUUGAACUGGGUUCAUUGUUCUACCGUUGGAGAUUUGAUGGGAUGGGGGAGGAAGUCGCACUUCAGUGGAUGGCUGAAGAAGAAAAGAGAUUCAAGCAUAUGGUACAAUUAGAAUCACCAUCUUUAAAUGCAUUCUGGCCUGAUGCAUCCAAGUUUUUUCCUAGGAAGACUAGGCAAGACUUGGUAAGCUAUUACUUCAAUGUUUUUGUUAUCCGGCGUAGAAGUUAUCAAAACCGUGUGACUCCUAAAAGUAUUGAUAGUGAUGAUGAUGAGUCGGAGUUGGGAUGCAUAAGUGACAGUUUUGGAAUUGACGCCUUAAAAGUUCCUGGCUCAAAUAUGCUGAAAUGUUCUCAGAGUAAUUAGUGCAUUGACUGGGAUUAGUAUGAAUACCAAUGAAGAUUUAUCACGUUGAUUAGAAUCUGGAAACACUGUGCUUGAACCAAUGGUAGUUGAAUCUUACUUUUCUUUUUUCCGUUACUUCUCUGCUUACCUUACGGCAUCAGUGAACCAAUGAUGCAGUUUUGAAAUGUCCCGUGGAAUUUGCAACUGGCUUGGUUCGUUGACUCUGGUAAAAGAAUUUUACAAAUGUGCAAGUGUACAAUACCUUUAUCAGGAAAGAUUUAUACUUCUGCAUCUGUGAAUACUGUUAUAUUGUUUCAAGUACCAACUUCAGACAGAGGAAGAUGGAAGUGGGAGACAAUGAUGCAGCUUCUGCUUCCGCAAUUCUAAGUUUUACUUUGAUUUUUCUCUUAAACGUUUACACUUUACCUGGAACUUACCCUAUUGAAUUCAUUCAUUUGUGUUUCAAUGUUGAAGUGAUUUUUUCUCUUCUCCCAUCAAUGCUGCUAUCUUCAUGUUUAAUUUGCCUGCAGUUUUGGUUGAAAAUCAUCAUACAACCAAAUUUCACUCAGUGUUUGGAUCUUUAUUACUGAUGAUAAUACUGAAUUUAUGUUUUUACUGAAAAAAUUAGGAGGUCUUGUUGCAUUAAAGUUCAUUUUUGUAUCAUCAGAUUAAACUUUUGGUGCAGAAGUGAGCAGCCUUAUUCCAUUCCAACUAUUUUUCCAACUUUUGGAAGCAGAUAUAUAUGAUGUUAUAUGAGCUUUUCCAAGUUCUCUCUUCAUCAGGGUUGAAUACUAAAGAGAUAAAA